UAAAUAAAGGGUGAGAAAAUAUACACAAUCUUUUAUGGAGUAGAUUGUAACUAAUUGAUGAUUGUUUUUGAGGAGCGGAAUUGAAAGAGAUAUGGUGGUUGCAGUAGGCGGAGCAGUGAGAGCAGGAUUCCUAGGGCAAGCAGCUAGAAACACGCUCGUCUCCUUCAAUCUCCGCCGGAAAUGGUCUCCCGUAGUUUCCUACUGUUACUCUUCUCCUUCUUCUUCUUCUUCUUCUUCUUCUUCGAGAAAAUUGAUAUUAUACUCAAAGCCCGGUUGCUGUUUGUGUGAUGGCCUCAAAGAAAAGCUGGCCGCCGCUUUCUCCAUCUCCGGCUCCGAAUAUGUGGUUGAUUUAGAGGUGAGAGAUAUCACAACUAACCCCGAAUGGGAGAAGGCCUACCAAUUUGAGAUUCCUGUAUUGGCCAGACUCUGUCCUGAUGGCACCGAGGAAGUUAUUCCUAGAUUAUCUCCUCGGCUUGGAGUUGAGCUUGUUCGGAAGAAGAUCACAGCUGCAUUGGGUGAAUAAAUUAUUUUUCAUCUUCAUAUAUUGGUUAUCCCGUUACUUUUACCAUUACACCAUAUAUUGCAACUUCUGCAAUGCAAGAACCAGACACUUUUGUAUUAUUGCUAUAGUUUUGGAUACCUAUUGACUUGAAUAUCCCCAAGAUAGUUCAGAUUGAUUAUGGAUUCAGCCACACAGAUUACCUUUGUGAA